ACUUUAUCACAUGAUCACAGUCGUGACGUAUUGUUUCGGUCUGUCAGCUGAGAAUCAGUAGGUGUCUUCUGAAGAACGGUGACUUCUGUUCGUUCAACAUGGACAUCCGAGGGGCUGUUGAUGCUGCAGUUCCUACGAACAUCAUUGCUGCAAAAGCGGCAGAAGUACGCGCUAACAAGGUCAACUGGCAGUCAUAUCUUCAGGGCCAGAUGAUCUCAGGGGAGGACUGUGAAUUUAUCAAGAAGUUUGAGGUGGCUGUCUCAGAGGAGAAACAGGCUAUACUCACCAAUGAAGGCCACCAGUGUGCAAAAACGUUCCUGAACCUCAUGGCGCAAAUCUCAAAGGAGCAGACGGUCCAGUAUAUCCUGACACUGAUAGAUGAUACUCUGCAGGAAAACCAUCAGAGGGUGAACAUCUUCUUUGACUAUGCCAAGAAAACCAAGAACACCGCCUGGUCGUACUUCCUGCCCAUGUUGAACCGCCAGGACCUCUUCACUGUGCACAUGGCGGCAAGGAUCAUUGCCAAGCUGGCAGCAUGGGGACGCGAUCUGAUGGAAGGCAGCGACUUGAACUAUUACUUCAACUGGAUCAAGACUCAACUAAGUUCACAGAAACUACAUGGUACAGGUCCAGAAACAGGCACAGGAACCAUCUCCCCCAGUGAAAGCUCUCAGUAUGUUCAGUGCGUUGCUGGUUGCCUUCAGUUGAUGCUGAGGGUCAACGAGUACAGGUUUGCUUGGGUUGAAGCGGAUGGCGUGAACUGCAUCACAGCUGUGCUGAGCAACAAGUGUGGCUUCCAGCUACAAUACCAGAUGAUCUUCUGCGUCUGGCUGCUGGCCUUCAGCCCUCAGCUGUGCGAGCAGCUCCGCCGCUACAACGUGGUGCCCGCCCUCUCGGACAUCCUCCAGGAGUCCGUCAAGGAGAAGGUGACCCGCAUCAUCCUGGCCGCCUUCAGGAACCUGCUGGAGAAGUCUGCAGAGAGGGAGACGCGUCAGGAGUACGCCCUGGCCAUGAUCCAGUGCAAGGUGCUGAAGCAGCUGGAGAAUCUGGACCAGCAGAAGUACGAUGAUGAGGACAUCACCGACGACAUCAAGUUCCUGCUGGAGAGACUUGGAGAGAGCGUGCAGGACCUGAGCUCAUUUGAUGAGUACAGCUCUGAACUCAAAUCUGGACGCUUGGAGUGGAGCCCCGUUCACAAAUCUGAAAAGUUCUGGCGGGAGAACGCUGUGCGACUGAAUGAGAAGAACUACGAACUAUUGAAGAUUCUGACCAGACUGCUGGAGCUCUCUGACGACCCACAGGUGAUCGCGGUGGCGGCUCACGACGUAGGAGAAUACGUGCGUCACUACCCACGAGGAAAGCGAGUGAUUGAGCAGCUGGGCGGGAAGCAGCUGGUGAUGAACCACAUGCACCAUGAGGACCAGCUCGUCCGCUACAAUGCCCUGCUGGCAGUGCAGAAGCUCAUGGUGCACAACUGGGAGUACCUGGGCAAACAGCUGCAGUCAACAGAGCAAGCUCCCGCUGCUGUGGCCGCCAGAAGCUGAGCUUCUCAUGCUGUCUCGUCAGCAAUAUGACUCACUUCUGUGUACACAUUUCUGCGUAUGGGUGUACGAGCGUGUGUUGGCAUGUUUGUGAUGGCGUGCGUACGGUGAAUGGAUGCCAGCCCCUCCUGCAGUGCUGAUUUGAAACCCAGGCACUCAAGCACCCACCUGCCCCCACCCGCCAUCCCCACCUCCUGCCCCCCCCCCCACCCGCCAU